GAACGUAUGGCAUCAGAGAGCAACUGUUGGGUAUAUAUUGCAGGCCAGCACCCAAAUGCCAGAAUUCCAUUUCUACACUUUGCAUCGCAACGUUUGAGACUGGAAGGACCAUCUGUUCUGGAUGAACUCCAUGGUAGUGCCGAUUGUCUUUUCACCUCCCUUCUCACAUCUCAUCGCCAGGAGGCUGCUGAACUUACAGACAGGUUGUUGCUAGCUCAAAAUCGGAUUAAUGAAUUGGAAUCCGAAAAAGCUGCU